AUGAAUUAUUUUGAUCAGAAGGAAAGUCAAAAAAAAACUAAUAAAAUCGAUCUAAAUUUUGCUGUAAUAGAUUAUGAGACAUAAAAUGAUGCAAAUAUAGAACCUAAUAAAGACCCCUUGUAAAUAAUCAAAAGAUUACAUAAUUAAAUGUUUGAAGAUUAAAAUUAAGAAGUUGUUGUUGGAUAUUUGAACAUAUUUAAUAAGAAUAACUUAAUAAGAGAAUUACCUUAUUUAUUAUAAUAGAUGGAAUAUAAGAAAAUAUAUAAUUAAAUCAGAUAAUAAAUUUUAGUCAUCUUUCACUAUAUUGGAGGUGCUGCAGAAACUGAACCAAUUACAUUAAUAAAAAAAGCCAGAAAUAAGUAUGGAUCUAAUCCAAUAGAAGCAAAUUAAUCAAAAGAUUAUACUGUUUCUACUAAUUUAGAUUUACAAUAAGUUAAAAAGAACUAUAAAGAAGCAGUUUAAUCAGAAGCAGAACCUUUUAAGAUAAAGGAUGAUAUUAUUAAUGAGGAAGUCAAUAAAUUAUAGUAUUUAAUUAUAUAAUUUAGUUUCUUAUGUCUGAAAGAGUGUGAAGCAAAAAAAUUAAAUUGCAUAUUAAUUUAAAUCAAUAAAGUGAAUUAAAAACUAUUUACAGACGCAAGAAUAGCAUCUAGAAUAUUUAAAAUUUUGAUUAGUUGGUCAAAUAUUUAGAAUAAUUAGAGUGUAGAAAAUCAAAAAACUGAGAACUAAUGA